AUGGAACGGUACUUGCGCUCCUGGAGACAGGACGCGUUGAAUCGCGGCCAGCAUGAUUCCGCCAUCUACAUCGGUGACAAGGUUCUUGCGCUCACCAAUAGUGACUCGGAUGCUUUUUGGUUGGCACAAGUCCAUUUCUCCAACAAUAACUUCACUCGUGCCUUAGCCCUCUUAUCCCGCAAAGACCUCAUCUCGCGAAGCACCGCCUGCCGCUACCUCGCAGCUCAUUGCUACAUUAAACAGAGCCAAUUUGACCAGGCCUUGUCAAUCCUGGGUGAGCACAAUCCCACCGAUCUCGUCCGAAACACCAACAGUCGACGUAAGAUCCAACAUCUCAAUGGUCAAAGCCAUGUAACAAUGCGCAAUGGCAAGCACCCAACAUCACGAGCCGAGAGAGCGGAAGAACGAGAAAAAGAAGACGCGAAUAAUGUCAGAUUCGAGGCGGCAAUGUGCUAUCUACGGGGUCUUUGCUUUGCAAAACAAAAUGCUUUCGAUCGUGCCCGCGAUUGUUACAAGGAUGCGGUGCGGAUUGAUGUUCAAUGUUUCGAGGCCUUCGAUCAGUUAAUGAAGAACUCGCUCAUGUCACCGGCCGAGGAACUGGAAUUUCUCGAAUCACUGGACUUUGACGCAGUCUCCUCGCCUGACCCCGCUGUAGCCCAAGAGGCGGCCGACUUCACGAAAAUGCUCUACACCACCCGUCUCUCCAAAUACUCUGCGCCAAACAUCUUAUCCGACGCGACAGAGACCCUCUCUACACAUUACAAUCUCGCCGAAAACCCAGAUAUCCUGCUUGCGCGUGCCGAAGCUCUCUUUACCCAGUGUCGCUUUGCAGAAGCCCUGGAACUCACAUCCUCUAUCCUGUCUACGUCUCAAUCUAACGAAUUAACGACCACAAAUAGCCCAAGCAUGGCUGCCCACAGCCACCUUGGGCAUUCCCCUGGAGUUUACCCGCUACACCUGGCCUGCCUUUAUGAAACUGGAGCUACUAAUGCUCUUUUCUUGCUCUCGCAUAUGUUGGCAGAUCAUGCCCCAGAAGAGCCAUAUACCUACCUUGCCAUCGGGGUUUACUACCUCUCGGUCUCAAAAAUUGCUGAGGCCCGAAGAUUCUUCUCCAAAGCCUCUUUACUUGAUCCUCACUCCGCACCUGCUUGGAUUGGUUUUGCACAUACCUUUGCCGCGGAGGGUGAGCAUGACCAGGCAAUCGCUGCGUAUAGUACAGCUGCACGACUUUUCCAAGGCAGCCAUCUCCCACAACUUUUCCUUGGAAUGCAGCAUCUCGCGCUAAAUAAUAUGUCACUUGCCCACGAAUAUCUUUGCGCUGCAUAUUCUAUGUCAACAGGCUCUCCUGUGAGCAAUGUUCCUGGUCUUCCGGGUAGCUCGCCAUCUAUCCCCCUUGGAGGUGAUCCUCUCGUGCUGAAUGAGCUUGGUGUUGUCUAUUACCACCAAGGUAAUCUACCCAACGCCAUUGAGCUGUUCCAGCAAGCUCUAAAGCUUGCCGGGUCUCUUCAUUGUGAACCUGGUGCCUGGGUUGCUACUCGUGCCAACUUGGGCCAUGCACUACGCCGCAUGGGUCGUAUUCCGGAUGCCCUUCGUGAAUUCGAAGAGUGCUUGCGUCUUGGUUGUGGAGGAACAAGCAUGGGCUAUUCUCCAUUUUUGGGUGGUGGCGCAGGAGGCUCCGCGGCCGUUGCCACAGCAUCGGGGGUAGGGGGGUUAUGA